CCUCCAGGCUUGGCUCGGCCUCGUCUCACCGCCCCGGGCCUCCUCUGCUGAGGGGCCUUCCGCCCAGGUCCGAUCCCGGUCCCGCCUGUGCGGCUAGCCGCGCCGUUUGCUCCGCCGCGUACUAUUUUCUUGGCGCUCGUUCUCGGCUGAGCACUUUCAGGCCGGCCGCUCCCGGUCGUCGGCGGGCUGGGCCUGUCUCAGAGGGUGUCAUCGUGAAACCAUUAGCACGUGAUUGAGCAGUUCCAGGCCGGAGCCAGAAACCCGGGUUUUGUCCCCUGUCCUGUCGCCUCCGGAUCGCCUUGGACAAGUCACUUAACCUCGGUUUUUGCUUUUGAAAAACGGGCGGUACUUCACAGACCCUGGAGUUCCCUGAAGGCCCACGGUUCUUAGUCCUCGUGGUAUUGAGCUUUCCCCUGUGCGUGGCUCACAAUGAGGAAAUUGAAGCAAUGGCAGCUAUAUAUGGUGAGGAAUGGUGUGUCAUUGACGACUGUGCCAAAAUAUUUUGUAUUAGAAUUAGCGACGAUAUAGAUGACCCUAAGUGGACAGUUUGCUUGCAGGUGAUGCUACCGAAUGAAUACCCAGGUACAGCUCCACCUAUUUAUCAACUGAAUGCUCCUUGGCUUAAAGGGCAAGAACGUGCAGAUUUAUCGAAUAGCCUUGAGGAAAUAUAUAUACAGAAUAUUGGUGAAAGUAUUCUUUACCUAUGGGUGGAGAAAAUAAGAGAUGUUCUUAUACAAAAAUCUCAGAUGACUGAACCAGGCCAGGAUGUAAAGAAGAAAACUGAAGAGGAAGAUGUUCAGUGUGAAGAGGAUAUCAUUUUAGCAUGCCAACUAGAAAAUUCAGUUAAAGCAUUGGAUUUCGAUAUCAGUGAAAAUCGAAGAGAAAUAGAAGAAUUACCUCCGAUUGAUCAUGGAAUUCCUAUUACAGACCGAAGAAGUACUUUUCAGGCACACUUGGCUCCAGUGGUUUGUCCCAAACAGGUGAAAAUGGUUCUUGCCAAAUUGUAUGAGAAUAAGAAAAUAGCUAGUGCCACCCACAACAUAUAUGCGUACAGAAUAUAUUGUGAGGAUAAACAGACCUUCUUACAGGACUGUGAAGAUGAUGGGGAAACAGCAGCCGGUGGGCGUCUUCUCCAUCUCAUGGAGAUUUUGAACGUGAGAAAUGUCAUGGUGGUAGUAUCACGCUGGUAUGGAGGGAUUCUUCUAGGACCAGAUCGCUUUAAACAUAUCAACAACUGUGCCAGAAACAUUCUAGUGGAGAAGGACUACACAAAUUCACAGGAGGAAUCAUCUAAGGCUUUGGGAAAGAACAAAAAAGUAAGAAAGGACAAGAAGAGGAGUGAACAUUAAUACCUGAAACUAUAUGAAAGGUUAAUUUGCCUAUAAUUACAUACAAAUUCCACAGUCAUCAAAGAAUAUAUUGUUCAGAGAGGGGAUCCUGGACUGCUCAAGUCAGCCAAUUCAUUGUGGACACCAACAUUAUCUUUUUAUCUUUGGUUAUAUCAUCUGCCAAAAAUAGAGAACUUUUGAUAUAUUCGUGUGUGUUUCAGGCUGAUUUGGAAGAAUUAAUUUGAACUUAAUCACCACUUCACCUAAUUUUAGGAAAGUAACAGUUGCCUAGGGCAGUAUCUGAAUUAAAUGUCCAUUUCAAUACAUGUCAAGUGCCUUUGUUAGGUGGGGAAAAAGUGUCUCUGGAGGAAUAUAAAUAUCUGAUUUCUUGUCAUUGGGAUUCUCAUUUUGUUAAAUGAAUAUUGCCUUUUACCACUUUUUAUGGCUUAUUGGAAUAGGAGCUCACUGAAGAUUGAUCUUAGAGAGUUUUUUCUUGUGAUUUUAGUUCAUAAGUAUGUCACCUUUCAUUUUAUGGUGUUCAUCAUUGAAUAAUGGAUUGAUUAAGUGAAAAUCCAGGAGUAUCCAUUUGCAGUGAUGUACUGAAAUAACUCAUCUAUCAUAUUUGUUAGCAUAAGUGUUAUGCCUCAGUUUCUGUCACAGAUUGGUGAUUGUGAAAUUUCAAAAAAUUAUUUUCUCGCCUCUACCUUUUUUGUAAAGCAAUAAAUGUGGAGUGUCGAUAGUCUCCUCUUGCCCCUGAAAUGUGUAGGUGUAAUAUCCUGGUUUCUUUAACAACCUGGAAGUACUGUUCUUGUGAUCUUCAUUGAGGAAUUAGAGCUUCUCUAAAAGUUAUGCUGUGGUUAAUGGGGCAUUUAUAGAAUGAGGUAGAGGUGGCAGAAUGACCCUGGAGUAGGGCAAGAAUAUGUUGUGUUGUUAUAUAAAUGUGAUGCACAUUUCCCACCUGCACUCCAGUCUUCUUUUUCAAUUCCAUGACUGGAGAGAAUGAACAAACCUUUGAUUGGAAAAACAAAGAAAAUUCUUCUUUUUCCCCAUUCUUAUCAAAUCUUCCUUCUCAUCAGUGUUUUAUGUUCCUUUCAUCUGCAAGUUGUAUGAUUUACAUCUAGACAUCUAGACAAUAAAUUUACCUUUCAGAUGUAACAAGUUAUUAACUGUUCCCUUUCAGAUGUGAUUAUAAACAAUUACUUAAUGUUAAUUGACCAUAGAUUUACUAAAUACUUCCUUCCAAAGAGGGGGAACCAGAAAUUAGGAGAUAGCUUGGAAUGGUGCUGGAGCAUGGGAAGCAUCAGAGAAAAGUGGACAUAGAUAUAUUUUUUUUCUGUUCUCUGAUGUUUUACCUUUAAAAAAUUCAUUUUUGGUUAUUUUUAAUAAGAAUCUAGUAUAUAGCUUUACACUAGGAUGCAUUCUGAGAAAUAAAAUCUGAAUUACAUCUGUAGUGUGUUUAAUGUUGCCAGUUUUCAAGGGUCAUCAGAGGAUGACAUGUGUAUUUAGAACACUUACCUCAGAUUCCAUGAAAAAUUUAAGUAUGUCCUAUAUAUUAACUUGAAAUAAUUGAAGUUAAAGACCAUUAAUUAACAUUAAAAGAAUUUGACAAUUUUGGCAUAUCAAACCUGUGGUAGAAAUUAUAAAACAGUAAGAAUUUGGUGCUGCAGAAAAGUAAAUGAGUUAAUUUUUCUGUACCACCAACUUUGAAUUUCUUUCUUGCUGUUUUAUCUCAUAUUUCUUCAGGUCUUUAUAGCAAACCUUUAUAUGUGGGAUCUCAUUUUCCUUUCUUUAAAAACAAUUUUAUUAUUGCUUUCUACAAAAUUAUUAACCAUAUUUUCCUAACUGAAAAAUCUAAUCUCCUUUGCCCAAAGUCAGUAAAGAGAGAUCUAAAAGUCUCCAAUUCUGGAACCCAAGUUAUUUCACACUCGAUCAUUAUGAACUCUUAACUAAUGAUAAUAUAUUUUUUUCUAUUUAAAGUUUUUCAAUUAGAGGAUUUUCAAAUUCUCCAAAUAAUUUUCUAUAGACAAAUCUAUGCUGUGGCAUAUUUUAUAGUAUAUUGUAUUAGUUAAAAAUAUUCUCCAUAUGUCAGAAUAUAAGAGCAAGUAGCAUCUACUUUAUAAAUGGCAAUAGCAAUAUGAUUUGGAGGUAUAUAUUAUGAAACAGAAUCUAUUUGAAGAGAACUAUUUUAAACUAAUCACCACCAAGAAAGACUAGCAUGAAGCAGAUUCUGUUUGUAGGGAAGGUGAAAUUUAUUAGAAAAAUUGCAUAAUCACCUCUAAUUCCACUAUCUAGAGAUAACCAUUUGGUAUGCACAUCAUUCUAUUUUUUUCUAUGCAUGAUUUUGUACAUAUGCUAUUUUUCUUUCCAUAAAAAUGUUAUUAAACUGUAUAUACUGUUUUGUACCUUAAUAUUUCAUAUAGAAGUAUAUUGUUAACAUUUUCUCAUGUCAAUAAAUAUUCUAUGGCUUAAUUUCUUA